AGGUUUCCUUCCUUCCUUGCUCUCAAAUUUUGUGGACAAAGAAAAGGGCAGAGCAUGGUGGAUUGUUGUCCCAGCUGCUGUUAAUCAACAGUCUGUUGCUGCCGUAGGUAGAUGCGGUUGAACUCACUGCCAUGAUUCUUCCAUUAGGGAUUUUUUGGCUUUGCCCUCUGUUGUUAUGGAGCUGCAUUUCUCAGAAAGGAUACAAUAUUGCACAUGGCUACUCUGUCGAUGAUGAAUUCAGCAGCCAUGCAGAUGUGCUUGGUACACACAACUCAAACCAAUUUCAUUCUGGAGCAUCUUUAAAUGCAAACCAUAACUCUGUUAGUCCAAGGGAUGAGAUGCAAACCACCAAACACCAAACACCGAGCCUCAGUGAAGAGAUGGUGCAAAGUGAAACAGACUCAGAGAUGAAUGAGCCAGCCGCUACCUCUGUGCAGAAAUAUGACAGAGAAAGUUCUGCUUCUCGACAUCCCUUUGGCCUUUUAGUAAACAUGCAAAAGAACACUACAGAGGGUGUCACUUUCCCAACAAUCAAAGAUUUUAAACAGUUCAUAGGAACAAUGAAAAGGUCUUUCUUAAUGCCAGGAAGUGACUUGAGAAGACAUUUUCAAACUGCACGGGAAAUUAUGGAAAACAAGGUGCUUUCUGAUGCUCAAAAUGUUGAGGGAGAGCCUCACUCGAGCUAUAGGUCUAAUUCUGCAAAAGAAGGCGCUGCCUCGGAUGUUGCCAGUGAAAAUGAAGUCUGGAGUGACCCUAUGAAUGUAGUGUUUGAACCAAAUGAAAGCCUCUCUGUCCCUGACCCUGUUGACUCCACAGCUGCUAGGAGUGUUUAUGACAAGCAAGGCCCAAGCACGGGCUCUGCUUUCUACCCACGCCCUCAUUCAGCAGCAAUGGAGCAUGUUUCAAGUAAUUAUGGAGGUUUUGACAGUGGUGGCAUUUCUGGAGAAAACCUUGAUAUUUUUACAAGUGUUCCUGGUGUGCAAAAUGAUCUGCCAACAAGCUAUGAGCUCCCUGAACAAAAAACUUCUGGAUCAUUCUUAAGAGAGGAUUUUUCUAUCAGUGGCCAUGUGACUGUGUCCCCUGUCAACCCCCCACCUCAAGAUUUCAGCUACUAUUCAGGUAAAACGUCCAAUAUAAAACAUCUAACCUCUGAGAAGAAUAUCCAACAACCAAAAUAUACACCUCACAGUAAAGACUCCAAAGAUUUCCAAAGUGAGGAUCUAGGCAGAGUGACUCUAGCCAAUGUCCUGUCUGUACUGAAGCCCCCAGCGUUGAGUUCUUAUGGCAAAAGCUUAUAUGUAAGUGCACCUAGAGGUAAAAUCUACGUUCAAGAUUAUCUACCAAAACAUGGGGAAAGACCAGCCCUGUUAUAUCAGCCACAUCAAUCGACAGUAGAGGAAUCAAAGGAUGUAAACUACCCUCCCACCAUCAGCCUUCCUGCAUCUAGUGGCUCUGUUUCUUCAAGCUCUGAAAACCUUUUACCACAGAGUAGUAGUGGUCAUGUGGGUGUUCAAUCAAGCAGCCUACAUGAUGCUCAGAAUCAAGCUUUCGACGCAAAACAGCCAGUCGAAUCUCACCAAGUGUUUACUGUGAGACCUUCCAGCUCCCUUCAUGGCUCAAACAGACACGAUGGCUAUCUUGGAGACCAGAGAGUUGGUAUUACUCAUACGUCCUUCAUAACUGACCGGACAAAAGAUGAAGAAACAUCAGACCCCUCUCACCAGAACACAGUCUUUGCCAUUCAGGAACCAAAACGCCUAUCUGACAAUACUCUGACUCUAGAUUCAACCCAGAGUGGGAUCUCCUUUCCGGUCAGAGUUGAUUAUAGUUUCAGCUCUCUAACUAACUUUGCUCCAACCUCAGCAUCAGAGACAGUGUUUUCAAGAUUGGCUGGCAAUGAAAUGUUGUCCAGGAACUUUGGAAUCAAGAAUUUCAUCUUCGAUAGGUUUCCAACUGGUACUAUACGUGGUGGUAGAAACCACCUGGGCUCGUUUUCUAGAUUACAAAGACAGGGUAUUCCUCUAAAUGGUGGCUAUGUAGGUGCAUCAAAAGCUGGCUAUCUACAGACUUUGAUGCAGCCAACCAAGGUACAGAAGCAUCCAGCUAAUGUAAAUAAAGUACUUGGCAACAUGGCCUACCAGCCCAUUAAACCACUGUCUGCAUCUAAACUGUCUUUAAGUGGUGCUUUUGGGAGAGAUGGUGGAAACACAAAAAGGCUUCCUCCUCAAAAUGCAUACAUUGUGCAGUCCAGAAACCGCUAUCUCAGGAGCAAAGUAUCUCAAUCAAACAUGCGGUAUGUGCCAUUUGAGCUGGAAAAAGUUGGUAAACACCAAUGGAGACCUGCUCCAAGGCAUUAUGAAUACAGGAAGUCAAGGAUGUGAAGAAAAGGAGAAUCAUCCCCUUUUUAGGUGAACUCCCUGAACUCUCAGGUCCUUGUCUAUAUGGGAUCUGUUGUCAUCUUCAGCUGGGAAGACACUCAAGUUUCUGCAGUUCUACAUGCAUCUGCUCUAACUAGUAAAGUCAUUGAAUAUUUUAAA